ACUCUCCCAACACGAAGAAUUUCAGAAUUCUAAGGUUUAAUUAUGAGCCCAUUUAACACAAAAUUAACUUUCUUCUAAUACAUAAUUUUAGGCACAAAUUAAUGAUUACAUUUAUAAAAUUUCCAUGAAAAUGGAAGGUGACGUUUGGCUUUCGUGCAAAAUAUGCUUUCCAUCCACCACCUCUAUAUGGCCACACAGCCAAAUUUUCAGCCUAAUAUCAUAUUCCGCACUUUACACCAAACAGCCCCCCACCCAUCGUACACGUGUCACGAUCCCAACCCUCCAUUACACCUUCCUCAUCCAACAGUCAAUAUUAAAUUUCAACAAACACACACAAUUUUCUAUUUAAACAAACCAAAAUUGGCUCAACAAACUCAGGAAAUUCAGCUUAGCCCAAUUUUUUCACAAGCUUCGCCAAUUGUAUCCAGCGGCGGCCGGAGAUGAAGAACGACGGCGAUCCGCUGAAGUGGAAGGCGGCGGCGGAGUUGUUGAAGGGGAGCCACCUCGAUGAAGUGAAGCGAAUGGUGGAGGAAUAUCGGAGGCCGGUGGUCCGGCUGGGAGGGGAGACGCUGACAAUAUCGCAGGUGGCGGCGGUGGCCAACAGAGGGGCGGCGGAGAUCACGGUGGAGGUGGCGGAGGCGGCGAGGGGCGGCGUGGAGGCGAGCAGUGAUUGGGUGGUGGAGAGUAUGAAGAGAGGGACGGAUAGUUAUGGAGUGACGACUGGGUUCGGUGCGACGUCGUAUCGGAGGACCAAACAAGGUGGUGCAUUACAAAUCGAGCUUAUUAGAUUUCUGAACGCCGGAAUAUUCGGCAACAGCACGGAAUCAAGCCACACUCUGCCGCACUCCGCCACAAGAGCCGCCAUGCUAGUAAGAAUCAACACCCUCCUUCAAGGCUACUCCGGCAUUAGAUUCCAAAUCUUGGAAGCCCUAACAAAAUUCCUCAACAAAGACAUAACCCCACUCCUCCCCUUACGUGGCACCAUCACCGCCUCCGGCGACCUCGUCCCGUUAUCCUACAUCGCCGCCGUUUUAACAGGCCGGCCCAACGCCAAAGCCACCGGGCCCCACAACGAGCCCCUAGGCCCGGCCCAGGCAUUCGCCAUGGCCGGGAUCGAAACGGGCUUCUUCGAGCUCCAGCCCAAAGAAGGCCUUGCCCUAGUCAACGGCACCGCCGUCGGCUCGGGCCUGGCCUCGAUUGUCCUGUUCGAGACCAACAUUCUCGCGCUUCUCUCGGAAGUUACGUCCGCGGUGUUCGCGGAAGUCAUGCAGGGAAAGCCCGAAUUCACGGAUCACCUAACGCACAAGCUCAAGCACCACCCGGGCCAGAUCGAGGCCGCCGCUAUAAUGGAGCACAUUCUCGACGGGAGCUCGUAUGUGAAAGAAGCUCAAAAGAUUCACGAAAUGGACCCUCUACAAAAACCUAAACAGGACCGUUACGCCCUCCGGACAUCACCCCAGUGGCUGGGCCCGCAGAUCGAAGUGAUUCGGGCCUCGACUAGAUCCAUAGAGAGGGAGAUCAAUUCGGUCAACGACAAUCCACUCAUCGAUGUAUCGAGGAACAAGGCCUUGCACGGCGGCAAUUUUCAGGGUACCCCUAUAGGAGUCUCGAUGGACAACACACGUCUGGCGAUCGCUUCGAUUGGGAAGCUCGUUUUCGCACAAUUCUCGGAGCUUGUCAACGACUUCUACAACAACGGCCUCCCGUCAAAUUUGUCGGGGGGCCGAAACCCUAGCCUCGAUUACGGCUUCAAGGGGGCCGAAAUCGCGAUGGCCGCUUAUUGCUCGGAGCUCCAAUUUCUAGCCAACCCCGUCACGAAUCACGUCCAAAGCGCGGAGCAACACAACCAAGAUGUGAAUUCUUUAGGGCUUAUUUCUUCGAGAAAAACGGCCGAGGCAUUGGAAAUCUUGAAGCUCAUGUUUUCGACUUUUUUGGUGGCCCUUUGCCAGGCGAUUGAUUUGAGGCACGUGGAGGAGAAUCUCAAGGCAUCGGUGAAGAACACGGUGAGCCAAGUGGCGAAGAAAGUCUUGACAACGGGCAUCAAUGGUGAGCUCCAUUCAUCUAGGUUUUGUGAGAAGGAAUUGCUCAAAGUGGUCGAGCGAGAACACGUUUUCGCAUACAUAGACGACCCCACAAGCGAUGACUACCCGUUGAUGCAGAAACUAAGGCAAGUGCUCGUAGAUCAAGCACUAGCAAACGGCAAAGACGAGAAGAGUUUGAGCACUUCGAUUUUCCACAAGAUUGGUGCGUUCGAGGAAGAACUAAAAGCCCUUUUGCCUAAAGAAGUCGAAAACGCUCGAUUAGAAAUGGAAAACGGAAAGCCGAUGAUUGGUAAUAGGAUCGAGAAUUGCAGGUCUUACCCGUUGUAUAAGUUUGUGAGGAAAGAGGCGGAGACUAGCUUUCUGACGGGCGAAAAAUGCCGUUCGCCCGGUGAAGAGUUCGAUAAGGUUUUCUCGGCUAUUUGCGACGGGAGAUUGAUCGAUCCGUUGUUGGAUUGUCUCAAGGAAUGGAAUGGUUCUCCUCUUCCUCCUAUAUGA